UUCAAAAUCUUUGACGAACCCACUGCGCACACUCAUAUCAUAUUAGCUGAGUAUCAAAUAGUAAAAGUACAUUUCUAUAACAGAGUUCAAGGUCUAGCUUAGUGCAAUAUAGCAAAGAUGUCUGGGCGCGUAUCCUCGGCCAAGUCUGGCAACAAAAAGACUGGACAGACACACCAGAACAAGCUCACGUUCCAACAUGACUCGAAAAGUCGUAAGUCCAAUCGCAUCUUCAAGAUGAACAACUCGGGUGUUUGUCCGCGAUGCCACGAACAGAUAGAAUGGCGCAAGAAGUUUAAGAAAUACAAGCCCUUGAAGACAGAGAAGAGAUGUACGGGAUGUGGCGAGAAGAAGAUCACACGUGCGUACCACGUGCUGUGUAAGGAUUGCGCGCAUAGCAAGGGCGUGUGUGCGAAGUGUACACAGAGCGGCGAGGUGAUCAACAAGGCAACGGAAGCAGAGGAAUUGGCGGCUGAGAUUGCACUCCAGCAGCGACUAGCACUGCUGUCUGAACGAGAGCGUCGGUCAUAUUUCCGUGCGGAAGAGAGAGGCGAAGACAUGUCCAACUACUUCAAGGAUGGACGGUCCAAGCAGGAAUCGGAUGGGGAGGAAGAGCCUGAAGAUGACGAACCCGCUAAAAACCAGGUUUUAGAUGGUAAAAACCAGGGGUCGGAUGGCGUGACCCAGGGGUCGGCCGGUGAGCAUGCGUGCAAGAAAGACUUGCAGAUGGACGAUGUGCAGCAGGCGAUUGUUGAGGUGGAGGUAGAGGGGACCAAGGAGGGCUGAGAGACGUCGACAAGACCAACACUUACAGUCUCCGUGUUGGUGUAUAUGUCAACCAAAUACAUACCCCUUGAUAUAGUUAUCUGUGUGAAGGGUCUUGGGUACGGUCGAGUCGCACAUGUCAGGCCAAGCAGGAGGAGUUACGAUGUGCCAUGUGUAUGUACAGAUUUUUAACUGAUAUCGUAUACCACAUAUACCUGGGUGGAGUAUCCGUGUGUAUGCAUGUGCCAUCCAUACACAUGUAUCAAUACGGUUCUAGCGACGGUACUAGUCUGUGUGCAUCUGAUAUGACAUCAUGCACGUACAUGUCUAUCCCUGGCUCGUGCAUGCUACACUUAGUUCGGCGGUUCUCGGUAGCUCGCCCGGAUAAGUGAAUGAGAUCUAGCCAUGUGGUGAGGGGGGCCUUAUUAGUUCAUGUAGCGAACUUCACAUAGUUAAGUGCGCCGGACAUGCAAGUGCGUGCCCAGUGUGCCCGUUUACGUUUGGAUGGUGCGUGGUUGUACGAAGACGCGCACAAGUGUGUGGUCUAGGUGCAUGUAAAUAUAUAUACAUAUAUAAACCGUACAUACCCGUCGAGUGUAUGAGCGAGUCCGCUGUGUCGUGCUGACUGGGGAAGUCGCGCACAUUCAAAGAAAUAAAAGAUUGUAGAAG